AUGGAUACGCCAGACUCUCACCAUACUACAACUCAGGAUUGGGCUCGAUUGCGAGAUGUUAUCACGAGAUUGUACCUUGACGAAGAUAAAACCCUCGACGAGGUGAAGUCGUAUAUGGAGGAGCAUCAUGGGUUCUAUUCCACUGUUUCUAUGUAUAAGAAGAAACUUGCAGCAUGGGGUGCAUUUAAAAACCUCCGAUUUGACGAGGUUCUUCAGAUCUUGUAUUUGAAGAAGCAUCGUGAUAGGACCCAGAAACCAUCUACGUUUUAUAUCAGGAGCCGAGAGGUUGAUAAUGAUAACCUUCAGGUAUAUCUGUCUCGAAAUCCAUCUGUCUUCGCAAAGCUCGACGCUGGAGCAACACCCAAUCCAGAAGCGAUUCGGGACGUAACUUGUCGUACCCCUCCUUUGGGUUCGUCUGCGCCAGCUAGUAAACGACUUUCGCCGUCACCUAUGCGUUCAAUUCCAGUAGAACGACGGCGUAGUCCAGUGCCCUCCUUUCCAGAGGACAUGUUUCAGGCGCUACACGUUUACCUUGAUCAAUCUUUCGAGACCGGUCUUUGGUCUUGGUCAGAUAGCUAUUGUUGGAACACCCACGGGCGAUCCGGGCCUUCAGGACUCUUAAGUGCACUACUCGACAGAUGUAUAACUAUAAGCCUGUCAGUGUCUCGUCAGGCACAGCCAGGUACAGUUCGAAAAGCCCUUGAUACGCCCUUUUCGAUGCUGGAUCUUAGUAUGGCAACUUAUGGUCAGAAAAGUCCGCUUACGAGGUUCUGGAAAAGUUUCGUAUCAAUCCCUUACGUUGAACAGCGGAAUGCUACGGAGCGUGUCUUGGCACUCUGUGUAUCAGAGUAUAGUACACGGCUAGGACCGACUCACCCGUUGACUAUCGAGACGUAUCUCAAAUACUUCGACGCUGUCGAAAGGGAGAAGGACCCUAGGGUUCAAUUACAAAGUCUCCAAUACCACUUGUCUAAGAUACGCGGCAACUUUGCUGACCGACCCCUACUCGGUUUGCUCAAGCUGGAACAUGCAUUAGCGACUUGCAAGUUGAACUUGGAUCAAGGAUACCUGGAUAAAGCGGAAGAAGCUUUGUCCCGUCUAGGUCCCAACUCGCUUGUUGCUAGAGAUGAAUCGUUUCGUUGCCUCUGGCUUGGGUAUAUUAAAUGCAUUAGGGGGGAUUUUCAAGGGGCCGAAUUUCUUUACAAACACUCGGUGUUUGCAGCAAGGCUUACCGGAUCUCGAGAGUGCAUCCUUGAGUCUCUUUUCCAACUCGAGACCUUCUUAUUACAUACGAAGCAACCAUUUGACGCGGAGAAAAUCCGCGCAGAGCGAUUCCGAAUGUUUCGCAAAUUGGAUUCCCUUGUCUGGGCUGACCAGAGCGAACCGCAUCUUACAAACCUUACAAACAACACUACCAGCCCUAUGAUCUCAAUCAUACAUAUCGGCUCCACUAAGAGUAAUACCAAAUGGAGGCCUUCUGCCUUUAAUGAGGUAACUGAAUAUGUCCGUGCAUCAAACUCCCCACCAUCAUAAGCAUUGGUAAUUGGCAUUCGAGAACAUUUUAAUUAUGAGAUGGCGUUUGUAGCAUAAGAGCCUUCAAGGUUGUUAAUGAGCGCAGAAACAGAUGGCAAGGACGAUAUUCAUUGCUUUGGAAUACCUAAAUUGUAAUAAAAUGACACACCAUGGUGAUUUCAGUCGCCUCUUACUUUAUGCUACAUAAUAUGCCCAAUCCGUUAUGUCUGAAAUAUCUACCUAACCUAACCUAAUGUAUCUCCUAGCACACUUGGUUCAUUAACCAUUCUACUGUUUACCUAGUUAGUA